CUGAACUUUCAUGACAGAGCGCCCCAUAUCCCCUAGUCAAACGUCCCAUCACAAAGUUAGAGGAAGUUGAAACCGAGAGCUCCACCCAUCCAUCCCAUGGAGGCUAUUACCUCAUCCGAACAUUCCACCAAAUUGAAUUCUAUCGCUGUCAGACGCGCUGUGGGAAUGAAUUAAACUGCCAAGGGACUACUGCGAGGACUAUCUUAUCACCAUACAUUUUUCUGGGCGAUUUACCAAUAUAUGCAAGGGCCAAAUCGUCACCAAUAAACGUGGGAACUGUAGGCAAUAACAUUACAGGUUCAAUCGAAAACGUGUGUGAGUUGGUAACAUAUACGAGAUGUACUCACAGUAUUGGAAUACGGCUCGAGGACGCAAACCAGACUACAGGAGAUAUACGGUUGUUGAGGGAGAGACCCUGAUAUCUCUGGGAGUCAAUCCAAGGAAGAGGCUUCACUCAGCGCCGGUGGAGGAUGUUGAAUGCGGCGGCCGGCCAAACCCCGAGGGCGCUGGGUCAGUGUCCGUGACGGAGUUGAGUCACUAUGGGGAAAAGGGAGAAGGCGAGGGGACCUUGUGCCAACGAUGUCAGAUCAUUGCUACAGAGCUGAACAGGCAAGCGCUUGCUUUGGCCGACCCUGCGUCCCUGAAGGACCCGGGCUUCGCCGUGUUCCUGUUCGACAAGCUCCAGCACCUCCAGUGUCCUCACAGGGGCCCGUAUGCUAGAGAGGACAGCAGCUGCCAGGUCUGUGGCACUGCCCUCCACCAACUGAGACGCCUGGCCCUGCAGAAAGCCCUGGGCCUCACCGGAGACAUGCCCGACCUGCAUCCUGGAGCCUUCUCCUCAGAGCUGCCCCACCGCCCUGCUGCCCACAGCAUGGUCACCCUACCCUGCCAGGACUGGUCCAUGGAGGACUCGCCAGCCAAGCAGCCACCCAGGUUCUAUGAUCAGAUUCCUGGGGAAAGGGUCAGGGGGGGACUCCAGGGUUGGGGUGCGAUCCAGAGCAGCUCCACGGGAGGGUCCAAGUCCUCGGGCCUGGCCACAGUGACUCCCAGACCACAGCACUACCUGGAGGGGGUGUGGAGAGUCUCUCGUGUCAGGAGGGAUCAUCAUCCUCAUUCCGCUAUGACUCCGGGCUUGGCUCCUGAUCCAUAUAGGAACUACAUGCCCAUGGCACCUGGGUGCCCCAUCUACGACUAUGCCGCCAUCACCCCCACCCAAUCCAGCCACACACCCUCCGCUGCAGCCUCCUUCUUCAUCAGGGCCGCCCAGAAGCUCAGCCUCUCAUCCAAGCGGAAGAAGCCCCAGCAGCCUCAGCCCCAGUCUCCGCCCGAACCUGCCGAGCCCCUGGUCUACACAGGCGGCUUCAGCGGCGCCCUGCAGCUGUCCCCGCCUGCCGUGCCGCCAUGCCUCCUCCGGGCCAGGUCAAAGGUCAAGGACACCCCGGGGAUGGGAAAGGUCAAAGUGAUGGUGCGCAUCUGCUCUGCCCAGGGCUCCAGCGACACCUCGGAGUCCAGGUCAUUUCUAAAGGUGGACGCCCGCAAGAAACAGCUGACCCUCUGCGAAACGUCCGCUAACAGUCACUCCAGUGCUGCCCAGAGGCGCGCCGCCGCAGCCGCCCCCAAGAUGUUCGCUUUCGAUAAUGUCUUCUCCCAGGAUGCAUCACAAGCUGAGGUGUGCUCGGGGACGGUGGCGGAGGUCAUCCAAUCGGUGGUGAACGGUGCAGACGGCUGCAUCUUCUGCUUAGGCCAUGCCAACCUCGGUAAGACAUACACCAUGAUUGGUCGGGACUGCUCCACACAGAGCCUGGGUGUGGCUCCCUGCGCCAUCUCCUGGCUCUUCAAGCUCAUUGAGGAACGCAAGGAGAAGGCCGGGGCACGCUUCUCUGUCCGCGUGUCCGCCGUGGAGAUCUCCGGCCGGGACGAGGCGCUGACCGACCUGCUGUCCGAUGUGUCCGCAGGCAGCCUGCAGGACGGCCAGUCUCCAGGGGUGUACCUGCGCGAGGACCCCAUCUGCGGGUCACAGCUCCAGAACCAGAAUGAGUUGCGUGCGGCCACUGCAGAGCGGGCAGCCUACUUCCUGGACGCAGCCCUGGCGGCCCGAAGCACCAGCCGCCCUCGCUGCGACGAGGAGGAGAGGAAGAACUCCCACAUGCUCUUCACCCUCCAUGUCUACCAGUACCUCAUGGAGAAGAGUGCCAAAGGAGGAAUGUCUGGCGGCCGCAGUCGUCUGCACCUGCUGGAUCUGGGUAGCUGUGAGACGGACAUAAGUCGGACCCGGGAAGGAGGUGGAGGCCAGUGUCUGUCUCUCUCUGCUCUGGGAAACGUCAUCCUCGCCCUGGCAAACGGGGCCAAGCACGUACCCUACAGGGAUAGCAAGCUCACCAUGUUGCUGAGGGAAUCUCUGGGCAACAUCAACUGCCGAACCACCAUGAUAGCACACAUCUCCGACUCACCAACCAAUUACAUGGAGACGCUCACCACCAUGCAGCUGGCCUCGCGUAUCCACCGCAUGAGGAAGAAGAAAUCCAAGUAUGCAUCCAGCUCCUCUGGUGGCGAGAGUUCCUGCGAAGAGGGACAAAUCCGCAAGCCACACUUGAGACCCUUCCACCCACGAACCGUGGCUCUUGACCCGGAUAUGCCCACAUUGCUGUCUAGUGACCCGGACUACUCCUCCAGCAGUGAGCACUCCUGCGACACGGUCAUCUACAUCGGUCCUGGUGGGGCCACCAUUUCAGACAGAGAGCUAAGCGACAAUGAGGGCCCACCUUCCUUUGUUCCCAUCAUCCCCUCACUGAACAGGAAGCGCUGCAAAGACACCCAACGCCCGGAGGUGGAAUACUUCAAGUGCAACACGUUUGCGGAGCUCCAAGAGAGACUGGAGUGCAUCGAUGGCAGCGAGGGCCCAGCUGCCUUCACUGGGGAGGGCAAGGGGGCACAAAUAGCCCCAAGCACUCAAAGUGGGACUACCAAAAGCCCAGAGGAGGCUGUGUCCCCCAAGACUGUUAAAUCCCCCUACCAAAAGCCCCUGAUUAGCACAACAACCACCCACACAGCUCCCGCUAUAUCUGAGCAGGAACAUUCCAAAUUGUCCUCAGAUGGAGGGGUCCCAGAGAGUCACAAACGGACAAGUGCAGAUGGGGAGAAGGUUCUGGCCUGUGUGGUUAAGCCCAGCAGGGUUUUGUUCCAAGACUCAGAGCCUGUGGUGCGAGAGAAGGUCUACCUCAUCAAAGGACCUACUGUACCUAAGCCUUCUGCCUCUCCUUCUUUGCCAAGAUCCUCCAGAACACACUCUCAGGGCCUGGAUGCCAUCUGCCGGGCACCCCCUGUGGGCAUGAGUCAGCAGGCCCUAAGGCAAGAUCAACCCGGGGGGUCCCCGGUCCUGGAGAGGGCCCAUCAUGGCAGGAGUCCCAUGGAGGUGAGCCAUCUUCGGGCAGCCUUGAGGGGCAGGUGCCUGGAGAGAGAUAUCCUGAGGACCACGAUCACCCUGCAGCAACCUGUGGAGCUGAAUGGGGAAGACGAGCUGGUGUUCACGGUGGUGGAGGACCUACCUAUAGGCCUGGUCCCAGACAAUGGGCGGCCCUCCAGCAUCAUCAGCUUUAACAGUGACUGCUCCCUUCAGGCCCUGGCCUCAGGCUCCCGUCCUGUCAGCAUCAUUAGCAGCAUCAACGAUGAGUUUGAUGUUUACACGGCUCAAGAGUGUGCGUCUGGGGUGAGCUCAGCCUCACAGGAGAAGCUGUUUGCCGAUCAUGGUAGCAGACAGUCUUCCAUCAGCUCCUGGCCGAGCGAAGUGAGCGUGUGCUCGCUGGAGAGCGACGGCACCCAUUCGACAAGCAGAUUCUUACAGAGGGCUAAGUGCAUGGCACCGGAGAACACCUCCAUAUUGUCCCCUCCUGCUAUAUUCCGUAGGGAGCCAUUCUUGCAGCAUGGUGCCAAGAGCUCCCUAAAUGACAGUGGUGUCUGCUUCUCUGAGUUGGACAGUGACCCCGCCACCCCAAGCAAGCUCUCCCAAACUAAAUGCCCACCUUCUCCUGACUCUACCAAAGCAUCUCUCAGAGCAAACUCUCUGAACACCUCAGCAUCUUCUCAGAUCCCACACCAUGCUGUUCACUCCAGUCUUCCCAGGAAAACCAAGCCUACCUCAUCAGUUGCCCCAAGCUGCAGCAGGCAAGAAGGCAAGCAAGACGACCUCUGGUUGCGAGGGGGCGGCCAUUUGGAUCCUAGAGCGACUGAAUCCACUGUGGCGAGUAAGCCACCCAGAAAUGGCAUGAGUGGCCUCCCAUCCAGGAAGCUGGGAGGAAACAGCAACAGUGUACCUCGACCGCCAAAGGCACAGAUAUCCUCCUCGACUCAGAGGGCGGUAGACGGUUGUGAGAAGUCCAGCAGCAAGAAAGCAGAGACCAUGAGCAGGAUGCCACAGCUCAGGCGAGGCGCCACCACUCUUGGAACAGUGUCAGUCCCCCACAGUUCCCCUGAAUCAAAAUGGGGCCACGAUGGCUCUUCAGGAACUGGUAGUCUGAGAUUCUCCUCUUUGGGAAAGAAGGCAAAUGGACAGAAAAGCAGCAUGCUUCCAAAGUCUGGCUCUAUCUCUCCUCCUGCUCCACCUGUUCGCAAAUCAAGCCUCGAUCAAAAGACAAGGAUAGUCUUAUCUCCUAGUGCCUUAAGGGCAGCCAGCGACGCUGCAAGGUCCUCAUUACCUAAAACAUCCGUCUCUGAGCAGGAAUUUGAUGUUCGAUUCAGAGGGGAUUUGUUUAGCUACAAAACAUCCAGCUUGAAGGCUGACCAUGGCUCAGCCAAGAUAGCGUCAAGCCUGAAGACACGAGGAACCAAAGGCGAUUCUGGAAGGUACUAUGGUAGCCUGAUGUCCUUGGAGAGAAGUGACAGUCUAAACUCAGUGAGGUCCAAACCUGGCCUGUCGAGAGAGAAUAGUGUCAGUAGCUUAGGAGACAAUGGAAAAUCCAAUAGAUCACUGCCAAGACUUGGGGUCCCCACCUCCACUACUUCCACAUCCACUGCUACCUCUCCCCUUUCCUCUACCACCUUUGCGAUGACAAGCAAGUUGGGACAGCUUAAAGCUAAUGUCAACCCCAGGGCCAUAGUUGCCAGUGGAUCAAAGGCUAGAACUUUGUCUGCCAGCAGUUCCAAGACCCUUAACUACUCCACCAAAUCCGUUGACGCGCCAACCGCACGCAAUGCCAGCCUACCUCCAACUGGGAAAUCCCCAGCUCGUUCUUUGGCAGGGACCAAUGGCAAGCCUGGCAGGGGAACUAUCAUGGGCACUAAGCAGGCCAUCCGGGCUGCCAACAGCCGAGUUAGUGAGCUUGUGGCGGGAAGCCCAAGGAAACAUCUAAGCAGGGGUUCAGGGGACAAUGACAACGAUAGCGGGGCAAGUGUCAGCGGGUCCCCUGUCAGCACGCCACUACCCUCGCCCUAUAGCAAGAUAACAGCCCCGCGGAGGCCCCAGCGUUACAGCAGCGGGCAUGGUAGUGACAAUAGCAGUGUGCUCAGUGGGGAGCUUCCACCGGCCAUGGGUCGCACUGCACUCUUCUACCACAGUGGGGGCAGCAGCGGUUAUGAGAGCAUGAUCCGGGACAGCGAGACCACAGGCAGCGCCUCGUCAGCCCAUGACUCCAUGAGCGAGAGCGGGGUGUCCACCUCCAAUAGGAGUAGAGUGUCUAAAUCACCCAAGAAGAGAGGCAAUGGCCUCCAGCGGCGCCGUCUCAUCCCUGCUCCCCUGCCGGACACCUCCUCCCUGGGCAGGAAGGCUGGCGUACCAGGCCAGUGGGUGGACCUGCCCCCCUUGGGUGGGACCCUGAAGGAGCCCUUCGAGAUCAAGGUGUACGAGAUUGACGACGUGGAGCGGCUGCAGUGGAGGCGAGAGGGUGCCACGGGGACAGAGCCAUUCCAGGAUGUGGAAAAGGGCCUGCUGUACUUCAAUGCAAGGUUGAGGAUGCUGGAGAAGAGGCAACAGCAGAUCAGGGAGCUGAGGGCCAAGCACGAGAGGUUGAGGGGGGAACUGGAGGAUGCCAAGAGCAGGCUGAUGCUGGACCCCUGCAAGUGGAGCGGAGAGUUUGAGGUGGACCCGGAUCUGGACAAAGAGUCCCAGGAGUACCUGGAGGCUUUGGAGCAGGUCACGGGCGAGCUGGAGUACUGUGUCAACCUAUGCAAGUCGCGUGUCAUGAUGGAGACCUGCUUCGACAUCGUGGUGUCGGCAUCCGCCGUCGCGCAAGGGGGGCAACAGAAAGGAGGUGUGGAGGUGUGAGAAAGCGAGAGCAAGUGAGAGAAAGUUGAUGUGAAAGGUCAACGGAGCAAAACAAUUGGUUCCCAAAAAAUCAAAUGAAGGUCUCUUAUUUCAGAGACUGAUAAUAGAGUCAAAGGAGGAGAGAAGGCCAAUGGGAAAGAGGACUAACGUGAAAGUCAACCGGUGUAGGUUACAGAGGUUACCAUAUAAAGAGGAUGGCUGUUCCUCCAUAAAGGAGAAUGUGUACUACUUGUACAGUAGACAAAACCUGGCUUCAAUCAGAGUACAAUUAAACGGAACUUUGGACAAACUGUCUAUGUUUCCUGUGGGAGGAAGGAUAGCUCUAACCAAGGAUGACCGAACACCUUUGUCACCGUCACCAGAAAGUGCCUUGAUCUGACUGAUUCCAAGGGAAUAUCAUUUUUUUUCUGAUCAGUGCUAGUCUUAAAAACCAGCUUACCUGAGCAAACUCUAAACGUAUUCCUUAUGAGAAAAUUUGUAUUUUGUAUUGUAAUGUUGUACAGUGUAUUUAUAUGAUUACAAAGUAUGUAAAAAAAAGUAUCUUUUUGGGUAUGAUGAAAAAACAAACCAUGAAUAAAAUGAGAGAAAAGCAAUAAGUUGAUCAUUAUUGCAUACACAAA